GCUGAGGUUGAGAACCGAACGGUAGCCCUUUGCGGGACAGACCUGCAAUUCAAGAUGGCGGCGAUCGGAGGUCUGAGGAGAUUGUGUACAAUCGGCUUCAAUGCGGUUUCCCGAAGCACGGGAUUGAAAGCCUCUCGGUUAUGCCAGUACAGAGCAUUCAGAGUCAAUGGGGUUAUGCGGCAGCAGCCCUUCGACUCCCCCACGGAGAAGCCGCAGUUUCCCGGGGCGUCGGCGGACUUCGUGGAUCGCCUGGAGUUCAUCCAGCCCAACGUGAUCUCCGGCAUCCCCGUGUACAGAGUGAUGGACCGACAGGGUCAGAUCAUCAACCCGUCUGAAGACCCUCAGAUCCCAAAAGAGGAGGUGCGGAACUUUUACCAGAAGAUGACUCUUCUCAACACGAUGGACCGUAUCCUGUACGAGUCCCAGAGGCAGGGCCGGAUCUCCUUCUACAUGACGAACUACGGUGAGGAGGGCACGCACAUCGGAAGUGCUGCAGCUCUGGACCCUAGUGACCUGGUCUUUGGCCAGUACAGAGAAGCAGGCGUGCUGAUGUAUCGCGGUUUUCCUUUGGACCUGUUCAUGGCGCAGUGCUACGCUAACAUGGACGACCUGGGCAAGGGCCGACAGAUGCCCGUCCACUACGGCAGCAAGGACCUCAAUUUUGUCACCAUCUCCUCCCCACUGGCUACACAGAUUCCACAGGCGGCGGGCGCGGCGUACGCGAUGAAGCGGGAGAACACCAACCGCAUCGUCAUCUGUUACUUUGGGGAGGGUGCGGCCAGCGAGGGCGACGCCCACGCCGGGUUCAACUUCGCCGCCACCCUGGAGUGCCCCAUCAUCUUCUUCUGCCGCAACAACGGCUACGCCAUCUCCACCCCCACCCACGAGCAGUACCGCGGCGACGGCAUCGCGGCUCGGGGCCCGGGUUACGGGAUGAUGUCCAUCCGCGUGGACGGCAACGACGUGUUCGCCGUGUACAACGCCACCAAGGAGGCCCGCCGCCGCGCCGUCGCCGAGAACCAGCCGUUCCUCAUCGAGGCCAUGACCUACAGGAUCGGGCACCACAGCACGAGCGACGACAGCUCGGCCUACCGCUCGGUGGACGAGGUGAACUACUGGGACAAGCAGGACCACCCCAUCUCGCGUCUCCGCCACUACAUGACGGCGCGCAGCUGGUGGGGCGAGGACGAGGAGCGGGCGUGGCGCAAGCAGUCCCGCCGCCUGGUCAUGGAGGCCUUCGAGAAGGCCGAGCGCCGUCUGAAGCCGCGGGCCGAGCUGCUCUUCACCGACGUCUACGAGGAGGUGCCCGCCAACCUGGAGAAGCAGAGGGAGGGCCUGUGGAGGCACCUGCAGCAGUACAAGGAGCACUACCCCCUCGACACCUACGACAAGUAAAACGCCUCACCCCCGGGAGGAGGAGCCCAGGGUGGGGGAGGAGGAGGAGGAGGAGGAGGAGGAGGAGGGCUGGAAACGGGUGGCGAAGAGGGGGGGCGAGUUUGGUUAGGAGAAGGGAAGGAAUUGUUACAGUUUCUGACACUCCGUGUCCGAACAGUGAAGUUACAUUUUCUAGGCAUAGAAGCACAUUUAAUUUACACAGGUAUAGCUCCCUUGGCCUUUCAACGCACAUAUUGGAAUGAAGAGUGGCACUUUCACUGGUUAAUGGCUCUUUUCUUUAGUUUUUUUUUGUGGUAAGGAUUUCCAUUUUCGCACUUUGGACAGAGAGGAGAAACCUUGACCACUGACGGCCACCUCCUCCCUUGGUGACGUUCAGCACAGUACGGUUGCUUUGACCGAGAGCAACGGUUUAUGCAGUGGGCAAGGCUGCUUAUCCAGGGCCUCUUACGAACACAGAGCCUUUUUCGAAUCGCACACUUUAUCUUGUUUAAACACCCCGUUCUCUGUAGCUCAAACUCAGCGGAGCAACACUGGGUGUAUGUCGAGUGCUUCUCGGCCCUUUCCCAAUCUGCAGUGAAGUUUGCUGACAUGCUGCUACUGUAACUGGGUGAUGUGGUUAACGUAGCUGUGCUGGCCCGUGUUUGAAAACUGUAGAAAAAUUAACCUGUUACUCCCUGUCCUUACAUUCCUGGCUAGACAUUAUAUCGCAUUAACUUCACACUAAAAAAGUAUGUAUUGGGGGAUAAUUUAACUAAGUCAUGGGACUGUUGGGUGGCUCAUCCUGAUAAGGCAAUGUUCUAAUGCAGGAGUUGGCAACCCUGGUCCUGGGGUACUAGACACAUGCCUGGUUUUUGCUCCAUCCAAACCUGCAACUGCAUAAUUAGAUUAAUUAAUAGGCUUAAUUUACACAAGUGAUCAUGUGCUGGAGGUGUCCAGCUGUUACAGCAUUCAGGCUCUGGAUAUUCUUCUCAGGCUCUGAGUAAUAGAUCAAUCUCUUAUGAUCAAAAUUGGUUGGAAUGAAAACCAGGAACAUCACUGGCACUCCAGGUCCUAGUGUAUAGAUCAGUGGUAACCAACCCUGUUCCAGGAGAUCUACUCUUUUGUUGGUUUUCAUUUCAAGCCUAAUUUGGCACACUGACUCUGCUAACUAGUAGCUCAAUGUGGAUCUCUAGCUGUUGAAUGAGGUGUGCUUUGUUGGGGUUGGAGUGAAAUCCUACAGGACCGUAGAUCUCCGGGAACAGGGUUGGUCACCACUGGUGUAGACGGUCCCCACGGUCUGGUUAUCUGGACCAUGCCUCCGGAUCUGUGGCCGGCAGCUCCGCAGGGAGAUGCACUGUCAUUUCCGAGGGAUGGGAGGUUCUCAGUCUGCCAGAAUAACCGCAUGUUAUUACACACCAGCGCCCCCGUUGGUCAGUCGGGCACCUGCAAGUCGGUCUGUUGGGCUGCGCUCGAACGGUCUUCCUCUGACUGACGUCUGUGCGAGCUCGACUGGCGAACCGCGGUGCUCUGGAGGAGAGUGCAUACUUUCAUGAGCUCUGCGCUCUCCCAUCAGAUCCAAAAUGGAGGCUGUGGUGAGCCAUGUGCCACAAGCUUUCCAUACUAGGGAGAGAAGUAUUAAAAAUAUAUUAUAAAUAUAUUUAAAAAUAUAUGAAAAAGUCAUAAAUUGGCUUAUAGGUUGUUUAAAAUUUUUGAAGUGAGACAUCAAGUUGUUGAAAAGUGAUGUAUAGCAAUGAAUGACAAAUGAGGGGUGUGUUCUGAUUGUGGUUUGGUAUAUUUUUAUUCCUACUAGAGUUCAUUUUUAUUCCUACCAGAGCUACCAUAAACUCUCCAUAGUGAAUUCACAGAACUGCGUGGCAAUAACGACGAUAUGUGUUGUGUAUACUGUAUCUCUGUGUGAACUAGUUUAUCUGGGAAAGAGGCAUUUUGUUUGUGUAUAGUUUGUGUAAAAAAAAAAAAACAUUUCCAAGACAAUGGCCUGUGGAGGAGAAACAAACUGUAGGUAAUGAAAUAAAGUGAAACAAAUCUUC